AUGGUUUUCUUUCGUAUCAGAUCCGUUUGUAAACGAUGGAACACUAUAGUCAAGGAAAAGGAAAAGAGGUUCUUCAAUAGUGAUUUGGGUCUUGCCCGUCCACAGUUUAUCUUGCUUGCCAAUUCCAUGAUUUGUUCGGUAGAAGUUAACCUUGAUGGUCCCUCUAUAGAGGUGCAUAAGUUACCUCAAUAUAUUCCCGGUUAUCAUCGGUAUUCAAUGUUCAUGACACUCGGACGUUGCCAUGGGCUUUUGAUGUUUGGCACACGAAACGGGAUCGGGAUUUGCAACCCAUGGCUGAGACAGAUUAGAUGGAUCGAAUCCCCUGUAGAUUAUAUCUUCAAUGGAAUAGGAUAUGACAGCUCUGGACCCGACAAUCACUACAAGAUCGUUGAUUGUCAAAUGCGAGAUUGUAAAACUUAUCAAGUUUAUAUCACCGAGUUUGGAUCUGAUGCUAGGAAAAUAAAAACGUACGAUUUUGCAAUGUAUUUAUUUCAGUCCAGUAUAUCCUUGAAUGGAACUUUGUAUUGGAUUGCUUAUAAUCAACUGUCUGGUGAGCAGUGUAUUCAAACUUUCGAUUGCUCUACAGAGAGAUUUGAAUUCUAUUGCAUCUACCCUAAUAAAAUCACCUGUAAUUUGGAUAUUAGAUCCCUUGAAGUUUAUAUGGAAGAUCGAUUUUCGGUUCUAGAGCAAAAUUAUAAUACGAGGGAUAUAGAGAUUUGGGUGACAAAAGAGAAGAUUCAAAAAUGGGAUGGAGAGGCUGUGGAGUGGAUGAAGUUGAUGAAUGUGUUGGUUCCUGAAUGGUCGAGUUUAAAAUUCUGGAGCAUAUUUCCGCCAAGUUACUUCAUUGAUGAAAAAAGUCUUAGUCUCGUGUUGUGUUGUUAUGAUAAGGCCGAAAAGGCUUGUAUCUAUAUUGCCAAGGGAAACAAGUUCCAUGAAAUUAAAAUAAAUGAGUUGGUUCAUGAAAAUCUUCCACCUCACCGUACCUAUUUUCCUAGUCUUGUCCACGUUCCUAGGUUCACGAUGAGCGGUAGGGGGCCUGUUGAAUCCCGUUUCUCACUCCCUAACGGAAUAGAAGUGAGAAACGGAGUUGGAGGAAACGUGUGGGACGACGGCUACUUCGAUCAGGUCAAGAAAAUAUAUAUAGGAAAAAAUGAUUCUGGUGGCAUUUUCGUCAAAUUUGGCUACAUCAAACAUAACGCUAAGGUAGCCGGACUCGGUCACGGGAAUGGACCGACAACCCAUCUACCAAAGAAGAACAAGCUUAAUAUCUCUUAUGGUGAGUAUAUUGAAUACGUCGAGGGGACGUACACUGAGAGUCAAAUCACAUCCAUUACUUUCCGGCUUAACAACACAAGGAUGCUGCGGUAUGGACGCUUUAAAGGGACGUACUUCCUUCUCCGAAGAGAAGGCUCGAAAAUCAUGGGGUUUUAUGGAAGACACUCUGAUGACCACCACCUCACCGCUCUUGGCGUCCACUUCUCUGCCCCCCCCCCCCCGGUGAGCCAAUGUCAUUUCUAA